AUGCGGCCCGCAACGCCCCCCACCACGGCGGACUGUAGCACCGCUUCAUCAUCAUCAUCUCCGCCAAGGGCAGCUGCCGCACCGCCAAUGGCCACCGUCAUCACUUCCGUCGUUCCUAUGGAGGCGGGCGGACCGAUAAAGGUGGCAGCAGCGCACAAAGUGAGGGCGACUCCGCGUGUACGGAGAGGCGAAGAGAAACAGAAAUGUAGUAACAGCAGUCGCAUCGCCAGGCCGUCAGAGCCGCCGUAUACGCGCCACAGCGGCAGCACCGGCAGCAGCGCUGGCGGCGACGGCUCGCCACUUGAGAGGCACGCCUCCGAAGAGGCGGAUGUCGAAGAAAACGAGGAGGAUAUCGUGGUGGAUGAGCUGGACCUGUACUGCGGCACCUCGGCGCUCCUGUACCAGAGCCCUGUGACCGACAUCGUCUGGAGCAACGCCACCGCCGAUCUUUUCCGCUCCGCAGCACAGGCUACAGUAUCGGCGGGCCCACCGGCUGGGCGAAGAGUCGUCGACGCAUUGUCAUCAACGCGUACACCGUCGUCCUCGGCAUCGUCGCCCUCGUCGGCAUCCAGAAAACCUCGUCGUAGCGGCACCUCAGUCAAUGAACUCGACUGUCAAGAAGAGGAAGGGUCAGCAAACAAGCGGGGCGUUGCUGAUGAUGCGAUCUGUAGUGGGGCAGGUGAUCACCGUGUCGCCGGUGCGCCGUCGCGCCACCUGAUGGAGAUCAUCGCGCACCCACACGACGCCGACAACGCCGAGGCGAGCGUGGGUUUUGAGGGACACGGUGCCGCAGCGCCAAUCGUAGGCAGCUGGCAGGGCCGCGAUACCAACGGGGGUCAGCACAACGGCAUCACCGGACCAGCAUGCGCGUCUGCCGAAGCAACGGCGACGCGAUCUGAUCAACGUAAAGCCUGUGGGGAAGGUGUGAACGUCGAUGUGUGUUCGUCGUCACCUUCGUCCGGACGACGGCAAGACUGCAGUGGUGACAGUGGCAACGGCAAAGGCGGUGGCGAGCACGGCGCCCGCGAUGAUGGAGACGCAGAGGUGAGCCAAGGAGUGGCAAAGAAGUCUACUUCCAUCGUCCCCGUCGAUGUCCAAGCGCCGCCGACGUCUCUACGGCGCUGGUCCGCGGCAGCAGCGCCACCGCCAGCCUCAGGGACGGAGGAUGGCUCAUAUAUGCCGCCGUUAAUGGAUGAGUUUGACGGUGAGCUUCUCCAGCUUAUCAAAGCGUACUAUCUGCGCAAGCAGUCGACGGCUGCAGUGCCUACCCCAUUGUAUCCACCGCCGCCGCCGUCUUUGCAUGAAGUGCCACCACAAGCCGCGGUGGGGGCGGCAUCGUCGAGCUUCGCGCCGACGUGCUGCACAGGCCACGCGCCCAAUCGUGUGAGCAGCGGGUGCAGCAGCGCGAGCGCGGGUGGCAGCGACGGUAAAGGCGGCAGCAGACUUUUGGGGCCUGCGGCAGCGGCUGAGAAGCGAAGAAGUGACGGUGGCGUAGAUGCCCUGCUUGACUCAUGCUUUCCACCCCUGUCGAUUGAUGAUAAACAGGCCCCAUGCGGUCCGCUGAGAAGCCCCUCUGCCGUGUCACCCGCGGCUGACGCAGCAGCGGUGAUUGACGCCCGUAAAAGAGGGCCGAAAGAGCCCGAGGCGUGUCCUCUGGGGGACCGCCGCUCUUCAUAUGCAGUGGAGCCUUCUGACGACGCUGCUCUUGCCUCAGCUGGCGCGGCAAGGCCCAGGUUUAGGGAAAACGCGCUUCACCGGACUCCUUGCAUGGGCAGGAACGUUGUUAAUGUUCAUAAUGACAGCACUCGCGUGGCCUGCGGAGCAGCAACAGCAACGGUCGCAGCAUCCAGCUUUUCCCUGCGGCAGCACAACUCCCCACCUGCCGCAUCAUCGUACGAUCCCGCGACUCUCGGUGAGGCAAGCAGAGGACAGCACCGAGACGCAACGGGGCAAGGGGCUGCCACCCUCCACGAAGGUGCGGCAGUCCUGCGCCACCAAACUCACGGCGGUACCACCAUCAGCGGAGGCAGCGGAGCUGGUAGCGCGCUCGGUAGCGGCAUUGCCAGUAGCCUUAGCGCUCUCUCCAGCCUACCGUCCUAUAGCUCCACCUCCUUCGUGCGCGCCUACGUAUCUGACAUCAGCCUCAGCCUUGAGCCGGCCAUCAUCGUGUCGGCGCUGACAGCGGCCCUCAACAUCAUUGUCGUGUACUUCCUCCAGCAGCACGUUCUCGACACCCGCGAUCACCUUGGCCUCUUCCUGAUUGGCAGCUACAUGAUCUUCUCCUCCUACUACAUGAUAUAUUACUUCCUCGAGCGGUUCUCCGACUCCUUCCGCCGCAUCGCGUCGCAGGAUAAGAAGUUCUACAUCAUUGGAAACCUUAUCAAGGCGGGCAUUCUCAUCUCCAUCACGCCCUUCGCGUGCGUACACCUGGUCAAGAUCAUCGUCUUUGAUGAGUGGGAGAGCAACAUACUGCGCAACCUCGGCUGCAUCUACGCGAUUCCCGAUUUCAUAUCAAUGGUGAUUGUGCGGCGCAUGCGGUGGUCAACGUGGGUGCAUCACGCCUGCGUCGUGCUCUUCAACUACUUCAGCAUCAUGAACAACUACCAGCACGAAAAUGUCUGCCGCUGCGUCGUCGUCUACGCGGCCUUCUCGUCCUUCGCGUACUGUGUGAAUGUGCUCUUAGCCUCCCGCUUUCUCGGCGUCUCUGCGAGCGUGGCGCGGGUGCUGUCGUUUGUGGCACUCGUCGUGUACGCCCUCUGUUGCGCCGUCAACUGGGCCUGGCAGGUGUACUACCUGCGCCGCCUCCUCAUCAGCGGCCACGAUCACUGGACCGUAUACGUGUACAUGUGCCUUAUCUCCCUCGUUAUGUGGGAUGAUAUCGUGCUGAACAACUGGUUGCUACACCACGCCCGCAACAACGCCUAUGCCGCCUCGCAACACCUUCAGCAGCAUCGCACCCGCCAGCAACAGCAGCAGCAGCAGCAGCAGCCGUCGUCGGUGUCGCCGCUGAUCAUGUCAGCGAGCCUGUCACAACGACCCAGUCCGUUGUACCGUAGCCAAAACACACGUGCCGUCUACACAGCGCCGCCGCCGCUGCCGCCGAUAGGACUGCCCCCACGUGCACCGUGA